GGCGAAGUAGACUGCCAAGCAAUUCUCGCUGUCCUCUUUCCCCUUUUCAGCCUCCAAAAAUAAACCCGAGAAGUAUUCCAACAUGGCCGAAGUUCCUGUUAUCCAAAUCCUCAACAAGAAGGAUUACUUCAAACAGGCUUUGGUGCCUAUUCCGGACCCCCUACCACCUCUAGGGGAGUCGUCCCUACGGAUUCGGACGGAGGUCAUUUCUCUGACCUCUAACAACUUUACCUACUGCAAAUUGGCUGACAUGGCCGAUUGGUGGGGCAUCCACCGAAUCCCGCCUACGGCCCCGGCACCAUACAACGAUGAUUCCGUUUACGGCCGUAUCAGCGCCUGGGGUUACGCCAAGGUCGUCGACUCUACAUUUCCCAGCGUGCCCAAGGGAAGCUACGUCUGGGGAUAUCUCCCUAUCGGUACCCUGCCCCUAGACUUCCAAGUCAGGGAGACCGGCGCCCCCGGCCAGUUCUUCGUCACGGAGCCAUACCGGAAAAAGCACCUGAACUUGUACAACCACUACUUUGUCUUCCCGGAGUCGACGUCUAAGGAGAUCCAAGCCAAGGCCGACGCCAUCGCCUACGAUGCCUUGUUCCGCGUCAUGCACCUGACCGCGUUCCUCAUGGCCGAGUUCAUGUUCGCCCAAGACCCUAAGCAGUCCGUCAACCUGACCCCGGAGCAGGCAGAUCUAACAGACGCUACCGUCAUUAACUUUGCGCCCGGCUCCAAGGUCGGCCUAGCGUUCGCGCGCGCCUUGCGGACAAACCGUACGGCGUCGAAGCCGGCGCGCAUCGUGGGUGCCGCAAGCGAGUACUCGCAGGCGUUCGUCAAGAGCACAGGUCUAUACGACGCGGUAGAGGCGACGAGCGCGGACCCUCUCGAGGUAGCCUCGCGACUAGGCAUCUCCAAGGACAGCAAGAUCGUGAUCGUAGACUUCGGCGGACGCAAUCACGUGCAGUGGAAGUGGGCAGCAACCCUGGUAUCUGCGUACCCGCGCGUGCAGUUCAUCAUCGUAGGCGCCGAGGUCUCGGAGCCCUCGGCCGCAGUGGCACCCGACGGCAAGCCCCCGACCGGCCUCGACAUCUCGCAAGUCAUGGCCGACACGCAGCAGAACCAGGCCAUCGCCAAGUUCGGCGAGAAGGAGUACUACGCGCGUGCGGACGCAGCGUGGGAGAACCUCCGGAAGGAAGGCAUUCCCGGCGUGAAGCUCGUCUGGGGCGAGGGCAUGGAGUCGGUUAGGGAUGCGUGGGAUAGGUUUGCCAAGGGUGAAGUCUCUUCGGAGGAGGGGCUUGUCUUUAAGGUAUGAGGGGACAGGAAGUUCGUUGGUGAGCUAUGAGAGGUAUUAUCGAGGCCGCAAGCUGGGCGAGGGUUUCUCACCUACUUAUCGAAUUCUACGACUUAUAGCUUAAGUACAUACGUACCUAUCAAUCGAAUAACGUGCUUCCCCAGUAAUUCAUGUUGAAUAUGUGUAUGUAUGUAUGUAUGUAUGUAUGUAUCGAUGGAUAUUGCCCUGCACAUAUGAACUUCAAUAUUCUCUAGGCAGGUAGCUACCUCUUAACGUACCUGGCUUUAUCCCAUGUGCUAUACCUGUUUGCCUAGACGUUUAUGUGGUAGGUACGAUUCAGGGGCUACGGCCCCAUCAUCGUUGCUGUCUGAAUUACAUACUAGAUAGACCUUGAAGGAAGGCGCGAGUUACCUGCAAAGUGUAUUAUAAGAUCGAAUCUUUACCUAAUCGUUAAUAUCCAC